UGAUACUGGGAUUCGCCUGUAUUCGCGAUGAGUUUACCCCUCAAUCCCAAACCUUUCCUCAACGGAUUAACAGGAAAGCCAGUGAUGGUGAAACUGAAGUGGGGAAUGGAGUACAAGGGCUACCUGGUCUCUGUAGAUGGCUAUAUGAACAUGCAGCUUGCAAAUAUGGAAGAAUACAUAGAUGGGGCAUUGUCUGGACAUCUGGGUGAAGUUUUAAUAAGGUGUAAUAAUGUCCUUUAUAUCAGAGGUGUUGAAGAGGAAGAAGAAGAUGGGGAAAUGAGAGAAUAAUGUCUUUUGUGUGUUUUUAUAUAUAUAUUUCUAGACAA